AUGGCUCCCAAGAAACGAGCAAAGCCGAACCCAGUCCAGCAGAGUGCGCCAACAACGCAGUCAUCAGACACUGCGGAUCAAAUCACAUCGCCAGCCGCCUCUACACCCCCACAGAGCAUUCCGCCAUCUCUGAAAACCAAUGGAAGUGGCGAUCGCGCAUCCAGCUCCGGCCCAGGCUCGAAGCAGGUGAACAAGACUCGUAGUUGGUAUGGGUCUUUAUCGAAGAAGUCUGUAGCGUCCACCCAAGUUGCGCGCGAGACCAUCUUGGGUGGAACCUCGAAACCUAUGGCUACCGCCGACUUUACUCGGUUUGAUACAAAGAAGCCUUCUGAUAUGAGUGGCGACGAAGCACCGACCCUUGCUCCUUCUUCACUAUCGAAAUCACACGAUUCUGGCGUUGGAUUCGCGAGCGAUGGAACCCGAGGCCUGAAAACACCGAGCUCCAAGACCGUUGUGAAGCCUGCAAACGGACAGGCAGAGGCCAAGACUAAGUCGGAGGAAGUGGUCAUGAAAACCGAAGACAAUGGGAAAGAACAAGAAGAGACACCACCUGCCAAAUCAGCUACGGAUCAGAGUACAGGUCCUACGGUACCCACUGCGUCUGCAGCUACAACUACGCGACCUACAUCAACAUGGCUAGGAGGGUGGUGGGGAAGCUCACAGCCUCCAGCACCGGCAUCAGCACCGGCCUCGCAAAUGGACGUUGCGGAGGAACCAGCCACACAAGCAACACUUGCUGGUAGCCAGGUCCCAGAGAACGCAACACAAGAGCCCACCCCUCGAGACCCGCCAGAACAACAGUCGCCGGACAUAGCCGAGCAAACCGAGGCACAGAACCAAGCACAUGCCGCUACUGGUGGAGGUUAUGGAUCUUGGAUCUGGGGUUGGGGAGCGGGAAAGAGCGUACCAACUUCACAGCCAGCAAAAACUGCUUCAGAUUCUACAACAGACCAAUCUACAGCGGAAGUGCAGAAAACAGACAGCACCAGCGACUCAGCGAAGGAGCCCGAAGACACCACCAUGCAGGGUGCCCCACCAAUCGAGGAGACUCCGGCGCCCUCAGGUUCUACAACAUCAGACCCAGCCCCAAAAACAGGCUCAACAUGGGCAUUCUGGUCUCGACAAUCAGGGCCCACAUCGGGAAAGAAGUCAGCCGAGGAUUCCGACGAAGGUCAGCUUGCGGUGAUGGGUGAAAGCUCGGAACACCGCCCAAAGAGAGCCAAGUCCAUGGAGUUCAAAGGCUCUCCACCCAAGGAAACCCCUAUCAAGUCUGGUAAAAAGGAGGAACCAGCCAAGGAUCUGUCGAUCAAGUCUGGCAAGACUGGGAAAAAGGAAGAGUUGGCCAAAGCUUCAGCCAGUCCGCCAGGCAAGGCAGCUUCUAUCAGGAGAUCCAAGAGGGACCGUCCAGAAUCGAUGGAAAUCGAUGACACGACCCCCAUUCGUCCUGGAACCCCCAAGGCAGUGGAAGCUCCGGCCAAGGGGGCUGCGCAGAAAACACCAGCCUCAUCAACAAAAACUACCGCACCCAACCUUGUGCUUCCGUCUUUUAAUGGAACCUACAAACUCAAAGAAAACCCCUCGAUCGUCAAGCAAAUCACCCGUAUUCUUCUUCGAGGAAGCCAAGCUCCUUCAAACAAGCACGUCUACAUCUCCAAAGACCCCCCCAAAAUAAAGAAAGCGAUUGCCAUCGGCGUUCAUGGGCUCUUCCCCGCGAACUAUCUCAGGACAGUCAUCGGCCAGCCAACAGGCACAUCGAUCAAGUUUGCCAACCACACCGCCGACGCCAUUAGACGCUGGGCAGAUAAACACGGCUGUGGAGACUGCGAAAUCGAAAAAGUAGCCUUGGAAGGUGAAGGCAAGAUUGGGGAAAGAGUAGAAAACCUCUGGAACUUGCUCCUCAACUGGAUCGACCAGAUCAGAUCGGCUGAAUUGAUCCUCAUCGGGUGUCACUCUCAAGGUGUGCCAGUGAGUAUCAUGCUCCUGGCCAAGCUAAUCGAAAUGGGCGUGGUCAACAAGGCCAGGGUCGGUGUCUGUGCCAUGGCAGGGGUUUCUUUGGGACCGUUCCCCGAUUACAGGACUAGUAUGGGGUAUUUGAUGGGCUCGGCGGGGGAGCUGUGGGCGUUUGGGGACCCAAAAAGCGAGGUCAGCCAGCGGUUGGAGGCAGCAAUGAAGGUUUGCUUGGGGUACGGGGUGAGGAUCACGCUGGUGGGGAGCAUUGACGACCAGCUUGUGCCGAUGGAGUCGGCUGUUUACGCACCGGUGCACCACCCUUACAUUUUCCGAGCGGCGUUUAUCGACGGGAGGAUCCACGCACCGGAUUUUAUUGCUCAUUUGGUUGGCUUUGCGCUGAAGCUGAGAAACUUGGGGGUUUCAGACCAUGGGCUGAUUAGGGAGCUGAGCACGCCGCUGGCGGGGAGUUUGUACUCUGGGGAGGGCCACUCGAGGCUGUAUGAUGACGAGCAGGUUUAUGAUCUUGCCGUGAGCCAUGCGCUGGAGACGACGGAUGUGCCGGGAGCGAAUCCGGCUGCUGAGAUGAGUAGAAUGGGGGGCGCGCUGGUGAAUCCGAAUCCGUAUCAUUUGCCUUGGAUCAUGAGGGGGCUUCUGGAGGAGGAUUUUGUGAAGAGUGAGUUGGGGGAGGAGACGAGGGAGUUGGUGAGGCAGUUUGAUGAUUGGAAGCCGGUGACCAAGGCGCUGAAGGAUGUGAAGUAUCGGUUGGAGGCGGUGAGGUCCAAGUUGUAG